AUGAAUUCUCAUUUUUUCCCUGGGCGUACCACACCGGAAACGAUGGUUGGUGGUAUUAGAAAGUGGGAACAACUUUCGCGCACAUCCACCAAGCGAACGUACGUUCCGUUCGAUGACGAGUUUCAUCAACCGGUGCCGGAGUUCCAACGAAAGGAAGAUUCGGAAUCGGAACAGGAACAAUCGACAGAGGAUCCUGGCACCCCAGAGCAGCACUACUCCGAGUCGGAGUUUCACACCGAGCAAGAGGAAGACUCCGGCGAGGAGCAAAACAAGGACAAGAAUGACGACGACGACGAUUGGCACGAACGGGGGCAGAUACGGGUGUCCCAAUAUCCGCCAAUGAACAUCGAACCCGAUGGCCAUCUGCUGCAUAUUGACUUCAUCGCCAACCAGCUGGAACGUUUCGAGCUACCGGGUUCGGGGCAAAGCAGAGUACAUCGGCGUACGGUGGCGGGCGCUCUUGGGAGCGGACUGUCUACGCGGAAACUUUCCGGACAGCAGCAGCACAACAUUUCCUUCAGCCGUGAACGUGUGCGCGAAAUCGAACGAACCAAUCAAAUCCUGCUUCGCCGUAUCAUUACGACUAGACCAACGCUGCAGACACAAAACAGUAAACCAGUGAAGCGCAGUAGCUCGACGAGUGCAUCGCCAGUGACCAGCGCCGCUGCGAAUCGGAGAAAGAUGCAAGAACGAAUUGCGGUGGAAAAUGAGAUCCUGCUGCGCAAAGUGAACUCAGUUGGCAGCAAGCUCUCGAAGCGUACGAGCUGCUAA